AUGAUCAAUGAGGCUGAAAACAAGGAAGAAGCCGAAAAUAAAAAUUUGAAUGUGAGACCUUCGCCAUCUUCUCCAAUUUAUAAAAGGAGGAAAUCUGUGCGAUUAUCAACAGGCACUUUCAGGCUUUUACGAUUUGAUAGUUUCCUGCCGACAUGGACCGAGGUCUCUAAAAUUAAUUAUUUAUCUUCACUUUCUUUGGAAGAUUUGCCUGAAGAACAACACUUUCGAAGCAUAAGCCUUUUGCCAAGAUUUGUAAGUUUCACAAAUGAUAACAAUAUGAUGGAAAAUAAGCAUAAAGAUAGUAUCGUAUCAAAGCAGUUUUCCGCAAAUGUAACACAUCUGUUAAACGAAGAACAAUUAUGGGGUUGUUUUUACAACUUUCCGGAACUGUAUGAUGAUGUUUAUUCGCCAGUCGUUCGUAUAAGAAAUAUUGAGGAUGUUCCGGAGAUUAAGGAGGGGGUUCUUACACGAGACAUGGUCACUGCCUGUUUGAGCUAUUUGAAACGAACACCAAUUUUGGGAGACUACGUGUACAUAAAGUUAAAUCUGUCGUCUAAACGCCUGGCCAGCCUUAAUCAUAUGCGUCUCUUGUGGUUAAACGUAUCUUAUAACAACAUAUCCAGCUAUGAGUUUGGGCCAGAUGUCGGACUGUGGACGCUAUUGCAUCUGGAAUAUUUAAAUUUGAAUGAAAAUAAUCUUACAUCUAUGAAAAUAUUUGCGGGAUGUACAAGAUUGCGAGAACUUCACGCACGAAACAACAGCUUCAGCACAUUAUUAGAAUUGGCGGUGUACAUGCGGAACAUGAGACGCCUGAAUCUUCUCGACUUACGCUCUAACCCCGUUUGCACCAUCACCGGUUAUAAGGACGUGGUGUUUAACAUAUUCCCUUUACUGAUACACUUAGAUGCUAAAGAAGUAGAUCCAGUUGAACAGAGAACCUCAAAAAUGUGCAUGACACCGGAUGUAAGCACAUUUGCAACCCAUCGUCUUUUGCGUCUACUCUACAUUCAACAAUUGUCAAGGUCUCGCGUCUCUCCCUACACACCUCCUGCCGAUACUACUGAUAUUCCUAUAGUUGUUAUCGUUGGUUAUGAAGCCGUUGGAAAAGGAACGUUAUCCCGACGCCUUGCAUUGGAAUGCUCAAACAUAGAAUUAGCAUUGCAGCAUACUACGGCUUUCCAUCACUUACCAGGCCACUACAAAGUUAUAUCGAGAAAGCAGUUUGACGAUAUGCUAUUAAACGGCGACCUUCUCACUUAUAGCGAAAUGAACGGCGAAUCUUAUGGGCUAAGUCGAGAAGAAGCGUUUGUAAAAGAUGGUAAAGUGAAAAUCGUUACAACGGAUUUAAUCGGGGCUCUCAUGUUAAAAUUACGAGGGUAUCGGCCAUAUUUGAUAUUGGCGUCUUGUUUGGAUAAGCGGGGCCUUGCUCAUAGACAACAAGAAAGAAAAGAAGCCAGAAAUAUUGCCUAUCAAAAGAAACAAUCUAUGAAUAUGCCCAUGGAAAUAUCGACUUUGCAGGUGUUACUGUCUGGACGGAUAAUUAUAAACGGCAUUCUUAAUGAGAUUAUACAGAGUUCCGUAUCUCUCGUAACCAAUAAGGAAAGCGAUAAAUACAGCGGCGUAGACUCCAGCCUUUUCUCACUUUACAAAGAACCUCCAAAUAUGGAUGAAUACGUUAGCGAUGUUUAUGGAUUAACAUCUAAUCAAGAUAAAGGCCAGUAUAAGAGACCUACCCAUUUUCAAACCGUCCAAAACAAACAAGAUAUAAAUACUCCAAAACAAAAAAGCAUUGAUUUUAAAUAUACGUCUUCGACAUGGAAAGGUUUCGCAGGCAGCAGAAAAUCCUCUAAAUCUGUUACAUUUACUUCUCCUGAAAACACUUCGGAGGAUCAAAACACUAAAACCAUCGACCCUUCCGGAUUGAUGAUAGAUCCACAACCAGACAAAGCAAUGGAGAACUUAUUAAUGAAAUCAAUUAGCACGAAGGUGCCGUGGCCGCACGCAGAUGGUAUCAAACCACAGGACUCUGACCUGUGGUUAGCGUUCCUAUUAGAAAAUGGUCUGGUGCAAACUACCGACACAAACGUGCAAAACUUAGAUCGACUCAAUAGGGACACUAAAGUUGAUGACCAACAUUUUAUUGUCACUCAGCUAGAACGCUAUGAAGAGGUAUCUAUGGAUAAUCAUAAUGUUGCCUUUAAAAAAUUGAAGAAUAUAAUUAAAGAUAUUGUAGCUUCUCAGAAAAAACUUAAACCAAUGUUCGAUAUAGACUUUGCUAAUAUGAAACAUCCACUAGUUGAAAGAAAACUUGCAAGCAUUUGUAGACAAAUAGCUCCACAAAGACUGUUUUAC